ACAGAAGAGGUUGAGGCUUUGUCUUCCAUCUAUGGGGAUGAAUGGUGUGUGAUAGAUGAAGCGUCCAGAGUAUUUUGCAUCCAAAUAUCCAACAACACUGAGAAGCCAAAACUGACAGCAUGUUUGCAGAUAAUUCUCCCACCUGAUUAUCCAAGCACAGCUCCACCCAUCUAUCAGAUCAAUGCAGCGUGGCUGCGAGGCUCAGAGAGGGCACAACUGGCAAACAGCCUAGAAGACAUCUAUGUGGAGCAUUCGGGGGAGAGCAUCCUCUACCUGUGGGUGGAAACAAUCAGAGACUUUAUCGUGGAGAGAUCCUACAGCUUCGAAGCAGCGGAUCAGCCAGGACAAGUGAACAUGACAGCCGAGGAGGAAGAGGAGGAUGAUGAAGAUGUCCCUGAUUUCAGCGCUCUCACGCAGCACACACAGGAAGAGCUUCUGUUCCUGGAUCAAGACAAUGAUGAGGAGGUCCCGCCAAUCAAACACGGAGACACCGUCACAGACAGACGCAGUACCUUCCAGGCCCAUCUGGCUCCUCUAGUUACUCCCAGACAGGUUAAAAUGGUUCUGGAGAAACUUUAUGAAAACAAGAAGAUUGCCAGUGCCACCCAUAACAUUUAUGCUUACAG